ACCACUUGCUUUUCCAGCUGCUUUAAGGUCAGUCAGAUUCCGUGAAACUGUCCGGCGAUCAGUCACACGGACGCGAGGAAAGGGUGCUGGAAAUCAAGCUAGCCCUGUGUAACAUGUCAUUAUGCUGUUCUGUCCGUCCAGAUCCGUCGGCGGGUGACUAAAAGACAGGUUGAAGGGCUGGAUUUCCUCUUUCUGGAACAAACCGUGGACAUUUGCCCAAGGAAAGGGUUACUUGUUUGGGAGGAAACUCUUCCAGUGCGCGCUCUGUUUUGAUAGCAUUGACGGCGGAGUCGUUCGGAACUCGGACUAUGAAUAUUUGCGCGGUUUGGCUUUUGGGAUUUUCAGCCUGAGCAAUUUGAACAAUCUCUGGGAUGCACUUGCCGCUAUAGGGCGACCUGGAAAUAGGAAAAGACCCCAAAAUAAGCCAGUUUACAAACAUUAUCAUAACUGAACUAUUGAUAUUACUACUAUUCACUAUUGAAAAUGUCGAAUCCUCCUGUGAAGUUUAAAAAGGAAAAAGAGAUCAUUACAGAUUACGAGACUCAAGUCAAAGAGAUUCGAGCCCAACUGGUGGAACAGCAGAAAUGUCUGGAGCAGCAGACAGACAUGAGGGUCCAGCUCCUUCAGGACCUCCAGGACUUCUUCCGCAAGAAGUCCGAGAUCGAGAUGGAGUACUCACGCAACCUGGAGAAGCUCGCUGAGCGCUUCAUGGCCAAGACCAGGAGCACCAAGGACCACCAGCAAUAUAAGAAAGACCAGAAUCUCUUGUCUCCGGUGAACUGCUGGUACCUGUUGCUGAACCAGGUUCGACGGGAGAGCAAAGAUCAUGCGACAUUGAGCGACAUUUAUCUGAACAACGUCAUCAUGCGCUUUAUGCAGAUUAGUGACGACUCCACACGUCUUAUGAAAAAGAGUAAAGAAAUCACCUUUCAGCUGCAAGAGGAUUUGAUGAAAGUCCUCAACGAGCUCUACACGGUGAUGAAAACCUACCAUAUGUAUCACACGGAGAGCAUCAGUGCUGAGAGUAAACUGAAAGAGGCAGAGAAGCAGGAGGAAAAGCAGAUUGGACGUGUUGUAGAUCCCGUCUUUCACAUUCGACUAGAAGAAAGACACCAGAGACGGAGCUCUGUGAAGAAGAUUGAGAAGAUGAAGGAGAAGAGGCAAGCCAAGUACUCGGAGAACAAGCUGAAGUCGAUCAAAGCUCGGAACGAAUACCUGCUGACGCUCGAAGCCACUAAUGCUUCAAUCUUCAAGUAUUACAUUCACGACUUGUCUGAUUUAAUAGACUGUUGUGAUCUGGGAUAUCAUGCCUCUCUGAACCGAGCUUUGCGGACCUACCUUUCGGCUGAAUAUAACCUGGAGACGUCUCGUCACGAGGGCCUGGACAUCAUUGAGAACGCAGUGGACAGUCUGGACCCCCGUAGUGACCGCCAGCGCUUCAUGGAAAUGUACCCUACCGCGUUCUGCCCACCCGUCAAAUUUGAGUUCCAACCACAUAUGGGAGAUGAGGUGUGUCAGAUCACGGCCCAGCCUCCCGUGCAGGCAGAACUCCUCCUGAGGUUCCAGCAGCUGCAGUCCCGCCUGGCCACCCUAAAGAUUGAGAACGAAGAGAUCAAGAAGACUUCAGAGGCCACUCUUACUACUAUCCAGGACAUGGUGACCAUCGAGGACUAUGACGUGUCGGAAUGUUUCCAUCACAGCCGCUCCACUGAAUCGGUCAAGUCCACUGUGUCAGAAACCUACCUCAGCAAGCCGAGCAUCGCCAAGAGACGCGCCAACCAACAGGAGACGGAGCAGUUCUAUUUUAUGAAGUUCCGUGAGUAUCUGGAGGGCAGCAAUCUCAUCACUAAGCUCCAGGCAAAACAUGAUCUACUGAAGAGGACCCUUGGUGAUGGUUACCGGCCUGAAUAUGCGACUACAAGGCCUCCCAGUCUUCCUCCUAAACCGUUUGGCACACAGAGGCCCAGGCCACGCUCUGUAUUUAACGUUAAGCUGUUUAAUGGCAAUUUGGAGUCAUUUGUUAAGGACUCUGGACAAGCAAUACCUCGAGUUGUUGAGAGCUCUAUUCGAUUCAUCAACCUAUAUGGCCUCCAACAUCAAGGAAUAUUCCGAGUGUCUGGAUCUCAAGUUGAAGUCAAUGAUAUCAAGAACUCGUUUGAGAGAGGUAACGAUCCUCUGACAGAUGAAGAGAACAACCACGAUAUAAACUCUGUUGCGGGUGUUUUGAAACUCUACUUUCGAGGUUUGGAGAACCCUCUGUUUCCAAAGGAACGAUUCAAUGAUCUAAUCUCCUGUGUCAGAAUUGAGAAUCUGUAUGAGAGAGCGCUGUAUAUUCGCAAGAUCCUUCUGACUUCACCCAGAUCAGUGCUCGUUGUCAUGCGAUAUCUGUUCGCCUUCCUCAACCACUUGUCCCAGUACAGUGAUGAAAACAUGAUGGACCCCUAUAAUCUGGCCAUCUGCUUUGGCCCCACCCUCAUGCCCACUCCAGAAACUCAGGACCAGGUCUCCUGCCAGGCCCAUGUCAAUGAGGUCAUCAAAACCAUCAUCAUCCACCACGAGACCAUCUUUCCUGAUUCAAAGGAGCUUGACGGCCCCCUGUAUGAGAAGUGUAUGGCAGGCGGAGAUUAUUGUGAAAGUCCAUACAGUGAACAUGGAGCUCUUGAGGAGGUUGAUCAUGAUGGAGGAAUUGAGACCCACACCAGUGAGGAUGAGGGGGAGCCCAUUGAAGCCAUCGCAAAAUUUGAUUAUGUGGGGCGCUCUGCACGGGAGCUGUCCUUUAAGAAGGGUGCGUCUCUGCUGCUGUACCAGAGAGCGUCGGAUGACUGGUGGGAGGGCCGACACAAUGGCAUAGACGGCCUAGUGCCUCACCAGUACAUUGUUGUGCAGGAUAUGGAUGACACAUUCUCUGACACACUCAGUCAGAAGGCAGACAGCGAGGCCAGCAGUGGACACGGAGGAGAGGAGAAAUGCUCCACUAGAGACAUUGGAUCUCCAACAGACAGCAGAAUACCUGAUGCCUACAUCAGCAGCAGGCACAGGAAGAGAAGUGACCCUCCUUCCCGUAGGCCACCAGCUCGCCCCACUGACGCCCACUGCAUGCUCCACCCAUCUCAGGGCCACCACGGUAACCAUAGCAGCCAUGGUAGUCACGGCACCCCAGAUUUGGGAUCCCCGGCGAUGGGCCACUACAGUCCGCGGGAUCUGCUGAGAGGAAGGGGACACAUGCCCAUGGACAGCCCAGAGAGACGCAGACGAACCGGCCACGGCAGCCUGACCAACAUCAGUCGGCACGAGUCCAUAAAAAAGAUGGAGAGCCCUCCCAUCCGAAGGUCCACGUCUUCAGGCCAGUACAAGAGCUUGGAUCCAGAGAGCAUCGCACAGGACAUAGAGGAGACGAUGAACACUGCUCUGAAUGAGCUGAAGGAGCUGGAACGGCAGAGUUCUGCUAAACACGCUCCUGACGUGGUGCUGGACACCCUGGAGCAGAUGAAGAACGCUCCCACACCGGCCAGCUCCACCGAGUCCCUCAGCCAACUCCACGGCCUCCUGCUACGGCCCGCCCCGACGGAGCCGCCCAUGCGCCGCAGCACCAGCUCCUCUAGCGAUACCAUGAGCACCUUCAAACCCGCCGUGGCCCCGCGCAUGGGGGUGCAGCUCAAGCCCCCUGCCCUGCGGCCCAAACCCAUGGUGGCGAUACCCAAGACGGGAGCGGCGCCGCAUCCGGCCCCCCCUCCACAGGAUCCACUGGACAAAUCCUGCACCAUGUGAUUAACUGUGGGAGAUGCAUUCAGAGCGACAGUAAGGAAACAAUGUAAAAUUAGGACCAUUGCAGUCAGAGCCAGGUUUUUAGUGGAUUUUAAUGCCAUUGAACAUUUCGCAACAUUUCAUUCGCUUUAGAGAG